AUGGCUCGCGCCAUGCGAGCUCCCCUAAGCGGCGCGCCACCUGCCGCCACUCUCCGCUCCCUUUCUCUCAUCCUCCUCUCUCUCCUCCUCGCCUCCGCCUUCUGUAACCCCUCUCUCUCCUCCACCACCAAUUCUCUCUCUAAAGACACUUCAACCUCCUCUCUUCCCCCUCUCUCUUACCAGUCUCUCUCAUCCUCCACCACCUCAACCCCCAAUUCUCUCACUAGCAACACCACAAGCCAACACGUCCGAUUCCGCAAAUGUCUCUCGCGCUCCGCUUCGACCCCAAUCCCCACCCAACCUCCGUCCGCCUCUUCUAUCUCCGCCCCCCACCAACCCAUCUUCAUCCUCCACCCCGAGACCUUCGACCAUGUCCAGGCCUCCAUCAAAUGCGCCGGAGCCUGGAACCUCCAAAUAAGAACCCGAAGCGGCGGGCACGACUACGCAUCGCUCUCCUCGAUCUCGCUCUCUCGAAAGCCCUUUGUUGUCCUCGACCUAGCUUACCUCCGGGAAAUCACCCUAGCCCACGACCGAGCCCACAUAGCCAUGUGGGUUCAUGCGGGUGCAACCUUAGGUGAGCUUUAUCACUCAAUUGAAAAACUAGCACCAAACCAUGCUUUUCCUGCAGGUCUUUGUCCAACUGUUGGUGUUGGUGGUCACAUCAGUGGUGGUGGUUUCGGAACCCUGGUUCGAAAGUUUGGCCUCGCUGCCGAUAAUGUUAUCGACGCCUUAAUUGUCGACCAGAAAGGAAGAAUUCUUAACAGAGAAACAAUGGGAGAGGAUUUGUUUUGGGCUAUAAGAGGAGGAGGAGCAGCGAGCUUUUGCGUUGUGGUCUCAUGGAAACUAAGGCUGGUACCUAUACCUUAUAGAGUGACUGUCUUUACAAUACAGAAAACCCCAGAUCAAAAUGCUAUUCCUCUGGUUUAUAAAUGGCAGUACAUAGCUCAUAGAUUGCCAGAAAAUCUAUUCAUUCGAGUGGUAAUGCAACGCUACGUCAAAAAAAGCAGAGGGAAAGGAAAAACAGGAAAAAAUGGGCCGAAAACCAGAAUAAAUGCCCAGAAAAAACGCGGAGAUGGCGUUACAGUGGAGUUCAAUUCACUGUACCUAGGGAAUUGCAGUGAAUUAAAAAGAAUCAUGGACCAGUGGUUUCCAGAGUUAGGGUUUUCUCAGGCCAAUGGGACUGAGAUCAGCUGGAUACAAUCAGUCCUGUAUUUCUCUGGUUACAAAUUAGGAACAAGCAUUAAAGUGCUUUUAGAUCGAAAACACGUGGACCAUUUGAGCUUCAAGGCAAAAUCUGAUUAUUUAUACAGACCAAUUCCAGAGAAGGGGUUACGGGGCAUAUGGAAAUGGUUGGAGAAAGAAGAGAAGGCGUUUGCCAUAAUUGACCCUUAUGGUGGAAAAAUGGAGGAAAUCGCAGAAGAUGAGACGCCGUUUCCACACAGAGCAGGGAGCUUGUAUAACAUACAGUACAUUGUAAAAUGGGAAGGAGAAGGAGAUGAAGAGAAAAGGAAGCAUGAAGAUUGGAUUACAGGUUUGUACAAAUACAUGGUGGAAUUUGUUUCAGAAAAGCCAAGAGCUGCUUAUUUGAAUUACAGGGACCUUGAUUUGGGCGUUAAUGGCGGUUCUGGGGAUUAUGAGGAGGCUAGGGGUUGGGGUGAGAAGUAUUUUAAAGGGAAAUUUAGGAGGUUGGCGAUGGUGAAAGCCGCAGUGGACGGUGAGGAUUUCUUUUGGAACGAGCAGAGCAUCCCGGUUUUAAAACAGUGA